AGAUGUAGAUCUCAACAGUGGUGCUUGGUGCUUUGCCUGGUCUAUAAUAUUCCCAAGCCUGGAUUGAUCUGGUUGCUCAGCUUGAAGAGCUUUAAUGAUUCCCAAAGCAUCCCCUUCAAACACCAUAUCAUAAGGGCAGCAAGAGGCAGCAAACUUACUGCAUGAGCCGCUGCCAGUGCAUCUGCUUCCUCUGCAUCUGAACCCAUACUCUUCAAAGCACUCAUAGCUACUAUAAAUUGCCCCUUUCUCUCUCUGAUUACAGCACCUACCCAUUCUUUUGAAUAUCUUUAAAGGCAGCCCCAUCCAUAAUAUCCUUAAAAUAAUUGAGCCCAGGAGGAGUCCAAUGAGCAGAUGAUGGGUGUACUGAAACUAUUUUUGACUGUUUUUAUUUUUGUAGCUUUAAAACUUGGAAGGUUUUGGUCAAAUUUCUUUUAUGAGAGAUGGGAAAUUAUGAAUUCUGAGAGCUUUUGGUGUGCGGUGUUGGCCUUUAUCAAUGUUGUUAUCUUUUCUCAUUAAUUCAAUAAAGCCUUUGUAUCCAUAUAUUUGAGUUUAUGAAGAAAUGGAUUCCAACUUUUAUGUCAUGGUUUACAAAUUAGCAGGUUAUAUUAGCCUCCUGUGCUUCAAGGGUUAUGGCAAACUAAGCAGUGGAGUGAAAGUAGAGUGGAAUAACAGGGGAUUCUCAACAUUCCAUGCUCUUAUAGUAGCAUUUGCUUCUCUCUACCUCCUGUUGUUAUCAGAUGAAUUUGAUGAAAAAUCUCAUGGUGACCUUAUAAUAAAUAGGACAUCUACUUUAUCAGAUACGCUAUUGGGGUUCUCCCUUGGUUAUUUUCUAUCAGACUUGGCAAUGAUUCUUUGGCUGUUUCCAGCUCUAGGUGGUCUGGAGUACGUUCUACACCAUGGGCUAUCCAUGUCUUCAAUUCUUCUCUCCCUCAUAAGUGGUCAAGCACGGAUUUACAUACUAAUGGUUCUUUUCUCAGAGAGCACUACUCCUUUUGUAAAUCUAAGAUGGUACUUGGAUGUUGCUGGCCAGAAGAACUCCAAGCUUUACACCUAUAAUGGCAUAGCAUUGUUCCUGGGGUGGUUGGUUGCUAGGAUUUUUUUGUUCAUCUUCUUCUUCGCACACAUGUUUAGCCAUUUUGAUCAGGUCAAGAAAAUUUUUCCUUUUGGCUUCUACAACUUGCUUGUGGUGUCUCCUGUGUUGGCAAUUAUGAAUGUGUUUUGGUUUUGGAAGAUUGUCAGGGGUUUAUUAAAAACUCUUUCUAAAGCAAGACACAAGCAUUGAGCAGGCAAUUUUCCUGCUGUGAUCGAGUACCUUCUGGUAGGCAACCCCACUGAUUGUCAUUCAACCACUGGAUAUUGCUUGCUAUGUGAUGCAUUCAACCACAAGAUAAUAUGAUGUUGCUUAAUCCAGUACUGAGACUAAAUAUUGUACUUUGGCUGGCACCACUACUGAAAUCAUCUGGUUGUGUUCUCUUCUCGAGGACAUGGGAGUCACUAUUUUUUCUAUCACUUCAGUUUACUGUAAUAAUCAUAUCACUAUUAAGUUUAUUCACAAUGAUGUCUUCAUGAAUGGACAAAAAAUAAUGAGAUUGAUUGACACUUCAACCAUCAUC